AUGGCUGUGUUCACGGUAGGACGGGCUAUAAGCGCUAAGAUUCUUCUCAUCCCCGCACCUCUGUACAGUCACUGUCUGGAGGUGUGCCUGAUCGGCCAGGAACUUCUCAGCAGGGGGCAUCAAGUCGUCGCCUACAUCAUCUCUGACUUUGACACCAGCGAUUGUCCGGAGAGCAUGGGCAUUAGGGUCAUUCAGUACAAGUACGUCCUGGGAGUGGAGAAGCUACGUGAGUUCCAGGACAGGUACGCUCGAAUGGUGCUGGGCAAUCACACUGAGGCCAUCGACUCCUUCCAAUUACUGAACGAUGCCCAGAACAACACUUGUUGGCCAAUUUUGGCGGACGAAGAAGCCUUUUCGCAGCUGCAAAAAGAGAAGUUUGAUUUUGCCAUCGCUGAUGGUUUUUAUACAUUUGCAUGCUACCUCUUGAUACCUUAUAAACUGAAGAUACCGUAUGCCGUGGUAUCUAGCCUGAUAUUAGACUAUCCCUCAGUUAGACCGUUCUUACCUAACAUCAAACCUCAUCCCUUCACACACUUCACGGACCAGAUGAGCUUCAUGGAGAGAGUGGUCAACACGAUCGUGACCUUGACCCCGUAUUACAUGGGUAUAUACCUGACCCCCAUGGACAUUGUGUCCAGGUUCGCGCCUGAGGUCAGUCGGCGUCAGGUCAUGGACCUGGUCUCACAGAGCGAGCUCUUCUUGGAGAACACCGAUUCGGUUCUCGGCUACCCUUUUCCUCUGAUGCCCAAUGUUAUCCAAGUCGGGGGUAUCUCCGCUGGGCCACCCAAACAAUUGCCCAAAACUUUAACGACAUUCUUUGAGAAAAGUUCUGAGGUUAUUGUGGUGUCCUUUGGCUCGGCUUUUGAAUUGCCGAAAGAAAUCAUUGACAAGUUCAUGGCGACCUUUAAACUGCUGGACAUCUCUGUGGUGUGGAAGACAGUGGACGAGGGCCACGUGGGUAAGGUGCUUAAAACAAGGUGGAUGCCUCAGAAUGACGUGUUGGGUCACUCUAAAACGAAAGCUGUCAUAUAUCACUGUGGUAACAACGGGCUGUACGAGGCGUUGUACCACGCCGUGCCUAUCAUCUGUAUACCUCUUUUGAUUGACCACAAAUUCAAUGCUCAUAGGAUUCAGUCGUGGGAAGUGGGGAAAGUCUUGGAUGUUCAAAACUUCACGCCCGCAGAACUGGUGGCGGAUGUAAAAGAAGUUUUAACCAACCAAACAUACCGGAAGAACAUGGAAAGGGUGUCUCAAAUGUACCGGGACAGACCCGACACUCCUCGGCAGAGAGGCGCUUUCUGGAUAGAGCACUUAUGUAAAGUUAAGGCUUAUGUCCCAGGCAUUGAAGUUAUGUACCUUGUUAUAUAUAUGAGGCGUCGGUUUAAGCAGCGUUCGGACGAUUCUGCAACUUAUGGUAAGAAACAAUGA